AUUUCUCUUCUUUAUAAUUGUUGUUUUUGACAAAAAGAGAUUAUCGACUGUGACGAAAACUUGAGCGGAGUUGAAAAAAACACCCCAAUAUCCGACAAACCCGAGACGAAAACAACAAAGGAAACAAGACUCUUCGAAUCUAUCGCAACAUGCUCGACGCGGUGCUUAAUGAGCUGGCUCGUCGAAGACCAGCCAGCUUCGAUGACUGUUCCGAAAUCUCGGCCCUGUGUCCAGUCGAUGCCACCGUUCUUGGCUAUGUCCCCAACAGGGGAUCCAGCAUCUUCUUUGCCCUCGCCUUUGGCAUCCUGUGUAUCUCGAGUGUAGGACUGGGCGUGUGGAAAAAGACUUGGACGUAUGCUGCCACUCUUGGAGUAGGCUUACUCCUCGAGACACUAGGCUACAUCGGUCGAGCCCUCAUGAACCCCAACCCCUGGAAUUCUGCCGCCUUCCAGCUCCAGAUCUGCUGUAUCAUCAUCGCGCCAACCUUCAUCUGCGCCGCCAUCUACCUCACCCUCAAGCACGUCGCCCUCGCACUCAACCCCUCCCUCUCACGCUUCCACCCUCGUUGGUACCCACGCGUCUUCCUCCCCGCCGACCUGUCAUGUCUCAUCAUCCAGGCCAUCGGCGGCGGUGUUGCGGCAGCCGCAAAGAGGGACCAGCCUGGUGUUGCUGAGAGUGGUAACCGAACCAUCAUCGCUGGUGUCGUUCUUCAGGUUAUCGUCUUGUUGGGUUUUGGUGUAAUGGGCACCGAUUACUACCUCAGGGUGAGAAAGUACAUCCACAGCUCCGAGGUUGAUCCCGCGGCCUUGAGGGUUUGGACAGAUACCAAGUUUCGACGCUUCACGUUUGCUGUCGUUGGAGCUUACUGUUCUAUCCUCACCCGUUGCAUCUACCGAAUCGCCGAGAUGGCUGGCGGAUGGGGCAACCACAUCAUGCAAGACGAGCCCAGUUUCCUCGUCCUCGACAGCUCCCUAGUCUUGAUCACAGGCUUCCUCCUAACCGCUUUCCACCCAGGACUUUUCUUCCCCCAGAUGGCGACGGGCUUAAGCGAAAAGAAUGUGACUGAGGCCGAGAUGACUGCAGAGUCAUCUGACGAGAGAAAGGUUGAAAACUCUCAGACUGCGUAGAUAAGGGUUUGGAAUUAGAACUGGUUCGUUAAGGGGUGAAAACAAGGGCAAAGAUGGCCACCAUUCCUUAGUUGGAAGCAACACACAAGACGUUGGAUAUUGUUACGGAUACUAGAUCGAUAUUGCAGACUCGGGCGAGCCGAAUUGAGCGUAUUUCUCAUGGU